AUGGAUGAACGAGAUGUAACGGUAUUAAUUUCAGGCGAAUUUGAGAUAACUAAUAAAAUUAAUGACGGGGAAGCAUAUCAUCGAACAUUAUUUAAAAUAGCACGGGUAGCUGAGGGAAAACAGGAAAAGAGGCGAAGAAAAGAGAGUAAGGUUGAAUGGCGAGUAAAGGGGCAUUUAUUUGCUUACUGCGCACUCAAUGCUUCACCGGACUUCCACCUCACUGAAAUUCUUGACUUCUUCAAAUAA